CAGAGUGGCUCUCACAGGCCCAGCAAUAUGAGAGUAGAGCAGCAAAGCAGGGGAAACUAUGUUAGGGUCCCUCUGGUCUGUCCAGUCUUCGCCUCAUCAGUCUUUGUUUGCUGGCUUUGUCGUUAUUUUUGCCCUGGAGCCUCCCUCGGCCUCUGCAUUCACUCAUCACACACGCACUAAGUGUCCCCAGGCACCAGGCCUUGGGGGUCCAGUAAGACACAGUUCGUAUCUACAUUUUCUCUCUUCUUCUUUCUAGGCACUUUCUAAAGCUGGUGAUGCCUAGUUGUACUCAUUCUUGGGAAUGGCUGUCCUAGCUGUGUCUAAUUCACAGUAAGAAUCAAGGGAGCAUAUUCGAGCAAACUUUUAAUAAUAGUACUUGUCCUGGCGUUUCAUUUUAGUUCCCUUGUUUUUAAGCGGUCACUUUAGCAGCAAGAGCAAAUGCCCCGAGGCAGAAGCUUGUUAGCAAGUAGGAAAAAUAGUAAGUGGUGGAGUAAUGAAGUGAGAGUGGUAGGAGGAAGAUCAGAAAGGCAGUGGGGCCUGGGCGACACUGUGUCUCAAAGGCGUUUGUAAUAGCUCCGCAGUUUGCUCUGAAUGAGAGUCAUAGGAGGGUUGUAAGCAGAGGGGGGACGUUAACUGUUGUGUCUUUUAAAAGCCUCACUGCCUGCUCUGCUGAGAAGAGACUGUGGAGGGGCCAAGGGUGAAAGCAGGGAGACCAGGUGGGAGGCUGUUGCUACAUUCCAGAUACGAGGUGAUGGUGUCAGGGGAGGGCUGAGAAGAGGUCAGACUCUAGGUAUAUUUUGAAGAUGGAUAAGGUGUGAGGGUGGGACCAAGAGCGGAGUGCAGGAUUGUGUAUGCGUUUUUGCCUGAAUGACUGGAUAGAUGGAGUUGUCAUUAGCAGGUGUUGGGCACCCUGAGAGUAUAGCAAAGGCCUGAAGACAGAUCAGUAGUUCCGUGUUAGACAUUUUAAGUUUUCUAUGUACAUUAGACUUCCGGCAGGAAAUGUUAAGUAGGUAGCUGAAUACAGAGGUAUGCAGCUCAGUGGAGAGAUCUUGGCUGAAAAUGUCUAGUUUUAAGUCCUGAGCCUAUAGAUGGUAUUUAAAGCCAUCUGUCUGGAAGAGAUCACCAAGGGAUAAAAGAGUAUUAGAAAAGAGAAGAGGUUUAAUGGCUGACCUUUGGGACACUCAGUAUCCUGAGACUGGGACAUGAGGAGGAAACAGCAAAGGAAAGUGAGCAACCAGUAAAAAAGAAAGAAAGAAAACCAGGACAAAGAGGUGUCCCAGCAGCCCAGUAAAGAAGGGUUAUGAGGAAGAUGUGAUGUGUUGUGUCAAAUGCUGAGAAUUGGUCAAGUAAGAUGCCAACUGAAAACUGACCAUUGGAUUCAGCACCCUGGAGAUCACUGGUGGCCCUGAUGGGAACUGUGUCAGUGGAACAAUGGGGCAAAUGCUUCUUUGGUUGGAGUUGAAAACAUAAUGGAAGGAAAGGAACUGGAGACAAGGAUAAAUGAAUGACUCUUGAAGAGUUUUGCUGCAAAAGAAAGAAAAUAAUAGGUGCGAGUCUUCUUUCGUCGUCCCACGUCCCCGCUCCCGGGCCCCCUGGAUGAGUGACGCCUCGGUCUGCCAUGGAAGCCGGCCCUGCCCUGGCCUGGCUCCUGCUCCUGAGUCUGCUGGCUGAUUGUCUGAAAGCCGCGCAGUCCCGAGACUUCACCGUGAAAGACAUUGUCUACCUCCACCCUUCAACCACACCAUAUCCUGGUGGAUUUAAGUGUUUCACCUGUGAAAAGGCAGCAGACAAUUAUGAGUGCAACCGAUGGGCUCCAGAUAUCUACUGCCCUCGAGAGACUAGAUACUGCUACACUCAGCACACCAUGGAAGUCACAGGAAACAGCAUCUCUGUCACCAAGCGCUGUGUUCCACUGGAAGACUGCUUGUCCACUGGCUGCAGAGACUCCGAGCAUGAAGGCCACAAGGUCUGCACUUCCUGUUGUGAAGGAAAUAUCUGUAACUUGCCACUCCCCCGAAAUGAGACCGACGCCACAUUUGCCACAACGUCACCCAUAAAUCAGACAAACGGGCACCAACACUGCAUGUCAGUGAUAGUGUCCUGCUUGUGGGUGUGGCUGGGACUCACAUUAUAGCAGCUCGCACGCACCAUGUGUAGUAGCGAUCCUGGGGGACCUCGAGGGUCCGUAGUCAUGCAUGAGGCGUUGGCCUGACAAUAGUCACACACGUGAAACCACAGCACUCGCCGAUGUCUUCACGGCCAAGCACUUACAUUUACCGUGAAGAGUGAGCAUUGCUUCAAAGUUGUCAUUUCAAGUUGAAGACCUCAUCAAAGCAGCCUGCCCCCAAAACAGUCCCUGAGUUCUAUACCAUGAACCUUUGUUUUCCCUCCAAAAAAUAGUUCUGCAUUUACUGAGAUUUGGGGCUUUUAAUUUGGAAAACAUGCACCAGCCACGGGAGGUCCUGGGAGCCUCUGAGACGUUAGGCAUAUGUUAUACAGACACGUGUAGAUCAGUGUUCUUCAGCAGAAAGGUCAACGACCCCUAGUUUAGGUGGUCCAGUCAUGAAUUCAUUUAUAGCUUUACAGUUUUAAAACAUUGAUUCCCAGAUGAAUGGACUCCCUUGGAUUCAUUUCUGAAUGGUCUCCAAGGAUUCCCUUGGAGAUUCUGACGAAGUCCCUAGAAAAGUAGUAAGCAGUUUGUCCAAUUUAAUUGUUUAAUUUAAUUCUUCUCCCAAUGGUGGGACUUAUAGUGGGUUUUUGUUUUUGUUUUUGUUUUUUUGUAUGGGAGGAGAGGUGGCUGGAGAAGGAUUUUUCCCAACUUAAUGGAACCAACAGCCAUAAGGUGGCUGUUCAUCCCUUCAUAUACUUAGUGAAAUUGGCCUUGACUUGGCACUUAAUGGUGCACCAUGAAAUCCUGGAUUCUACCUGGACCAACAGGUAUCCAAAGAGGCUGACAGCAGGAUGAGGUUAUUUCCUCCAGCCACGAGGUUCUAUUAGGCAUAGCUAAUCGAGACAGAGGAUUUCAAAAUGAAAGGAAGACAUGUGGAGUUGAUUCUAGUUCCUUGUGAGGACCCAGUAAGUGUCUCCACCAAAUCUUUCACCUGCAGUUUACACUGCCCAAGAGCCCUCUUUGUUCUUCUUCUUCCAAAUCCCCAGUGACUUCAGGGAGAAGGUCGUGCAUUAAGUUGUCUCAAGAUUGAUAGGAAAAGGAGAUGUAAUUGAUAGGAUGAGAAGUAGGUGGACCGAUGGGGUGAUGGGGAGUCUGGUAAAGAGACCCAGCGAGAAGUUUUUUUUUUUUUUUUCCAGCAAGAAGUUUUUAUUUCUUUCAGAUGAUUGCUUUUGAAGUAAAUGGUAAAACUUUCACCAUCCUUCCUAUACUUUUGGCACCCCAAGUUACAAUUUUGUCUUCUUCCUUAUAAAUCACUUAUACAAUAUUUAUUUUUGUAUGGCAUAACUAGAAACUAAAAUAUAUUGUAAAAGAUUCUUUAUUCUAAGCAAAAUGGUCAAAUUAGAAUACAUAUUUUUCAACAGUGGUAGAGCUUGUAAUAUAUGUUUGUUGAAAGUUAUAAUACUUGCACCAGUGUUGAAAAAACUUAUGUUGUGAGCAAGAGCAGUGUGUUGGCCUCAAGGUUUUCACCAUGGUUUCCUCAGUGAUGUUGUCCCAGCGUAUUCGGGUGGUGACUAUCACUGGUAUGAGUUUCUCUGCAGGGUUAGGGGACAUAUUUGCAUGAACUUUGGUGGAGUCGUUGCUGAACAGGAGGACACUGUUGUCAGAGCCCAUCUGCCCUGCAGAGGAAAAGGUCUCGGGCUCAUAAAAUGAGCCCCCCUCAGGGACCAAAUGUGAACUGACAGCAGAAACUCUGAUACAAAAUAAUCUAAAUUGCAUCAAAUGGCCUUAAUUCAGAGUUUGUUUAUCAAUAUGUUGCUUGCAGUUGGGGCGGGAGAGGUAGAGGGAGAGAAAGCAAGACAUUUCCUAAGCACCUCUAAGGUGCCGGACGCUACGCUAAGCACUUUAUGUGAGUCAGGUCAUAUAGUCCCUGCAGGAACCCUGUAAGGAUGUUACUAGUAUUUACACUUUACAGAUGAAGGUACUGAGGCUCUAAGAAGCUCAAUAAUGUGAAGCCUUUGCUUCCAGUUUAGGUUAUACGGGAUGAUGUGGGACGGAAGAGGAAGGGAAGGUGGAAUUGCCACCUCUAGGAAAACUUCCAGGCCCGACCUCAUAGGAAUCUGUCCAUCUUAUCAUGUGGAGUUUGUCUAGUCCCACUUCUACAGGAUGCCAUUAGUGUGUGUCCCCAGUGUUUUUUCUUUAAGGGGUGGGAGUAUAGCUUCCUCAUUCAUUCCUUUUGCUAUCAAAGAGGAGGCAGGUUGAUCUUACAUCUGAAGAUGCCAUAAGACAAUGACAAUUUGAUGUAUAUACCUACAAAUACAUUUUUUGUGCAUGGGUCACUCUCCACUGACACUUUCCAAGUACUGCAUGUGAUUAGAAUAAGAGAUAGAGUCCAAAUCUUGGUUCUUAAUGAGAAGGUGCCACUCCAAAGCCUCCCUGGCUGGUGUGCGGGGACCGGACCGGAUCCACAAUGGUGCGGACUCAUCUACCACCCGGGGGGGUGACUGCAAACUCCACACAGAUGUGGCUAUGCGCACCCCAUGUGCCUAUCAGAAUGGCUGGUGUUUCAUUCUCUUCAAAGAAGUUGGUUUGCUUGCCAUCCCCAGCCCCAAGGAGCCAAGGAAGGACCAUUCAUGUGGAAGGCCCAGGACUGGUCAUCCAUCUGACUUUUUUACCACAUUAAACCUUCCAUUAAAUCCUACGGUUGGUGACGGCUUGAAGUGCAAAGAGCCGUGAUGUAUAUAUUAACCUAUGUGCCAUUUAUUUAUUUUUAGACUCCCCACAGCAUUCGUGUCAAUAUGGGAUUAAUGACUCAAUUUUGUAAAUAUUGUACAUUUUGUAAAUCAAUGAAUAAAGGUUUUA